CCAUUUGUCAUGUGAUAACUAAAAAAUUGUUUGUCAGAUUUGGAGACUCGAUUUUGAGGAAGAAGUAUACAUUUCCCGAUAAAACAUCAUGGCAAAUUAUGGAGCUACAAGAGAAUAUCGAGAUGAUCCAGGUUAUGCACCAUAUAAGGACAGCAAGCAAGAGGGAAGAUUUAGUGACCUGUGUAGAGAGAUUAGUGGAAAUAUUAGUACAAUAAAUAAUGGAGCAAAUGCAUUGGAUCGGGCAAUGAAAAUUAUAAAUACAGAAAGGGAUAGUCCACAGAUCAGAGAUAGAAUCCAUGAAACAUCACAGAGUACAAACAGAAUCGUAGCAGAUACAACAAAGUUAAUGAAAAAAGUGGCUGGCAUUAAAGGUCUUGAUAGGUCGCAGAAAUUACAGAUUGACAGAUUAAAAAGUGAUUUUCAAGAUUCAGUACAGAGAUUUUCAUCAUUACAAAAGAAAGCAGCCGAAAAAGUUAAACAGACAACAAAAUUAACAGAAAAGAAACCGAAAUCUUCAGCUGGAUGGUUGGAUGAAGAUGAUGACAAAUCUCCGUUUGUUGAACAAGAAAGACGAAGAGAAGAGAUGCAGGCUCAGGAACAAGUGAUAGAAGAUGAUCUAGCAUUGACACAGGAUAGGGAGGAACGAAUUCGACAAUUAGAAGGAGAUAUUCUUGAUGUGAAUGAGAUAUUCAGAGACCUGGGAGCAUUGAUUCAUGAGCAAGGCGAACAUAUAGAUUCAAUAGAGGCAAAUGUUGAAAGAGCUUAUACUCAUGUAGAACAAGGAACAUCUCAGUUAGGUAAAGCUGCAGACUAUCAGAGGAAAUCAAGGAAGAAGAUGUGUUGUUUACUAAUUAUAUUAUUUAUAGUAGCAGCCAUUAUAACAUUAAUAAUCAUCUUAGCAACCAGAUAAUAUUUAUAUUUUUCAUUCCUUGAAUAUAAAUGUCAUUCCUAAACAAAAAAGUGUACAUCUAACAAUUCAUAUGAUUUAAUCUGUAAUGAUGAUAUCAUACAUAAGCUACAUGUCUUUUCUACUCCAUACGCUACAUGAGUUUUCUACUCCAUAAGCAACAUGUGUUUUCCACUCCAUAUGCUUCAUAUGGUUUCUACUCCAUUAGCUACAUGUGUUUUCUUCUUCAUAAGCUACAUGUGUUUUCUACUAUAUAAGCUAAAUGUGUUUUCUACUAUAUAAGCUACAUGUGUUUUCUGCUUCUAUAUGUCAAUCAUUGUAAACUUAAAGAAUCAUAUAGGUUUAAAUGAUAUCUGUAUUAAUGUUAAGAUAUAAUGAUGCUGUAGGAAAUUGCUUGACAAUCUGUUUUAUAAAACUAAAAGGGUUGUAUUCCAUUUUAUUGGUUGAACACCAAAAAUAGCAGGGAGCAGUACAGUAAGUACAAAUUUCAAUUGAUUCACCAUGCUCAUUACAGUUCAAAUUUAAAGGAAAUUGAAAAAAAUAAUGGAAUUAAAAAAUAAGGAGUCAGUUUCUUACCAAACUGGAAGGUAAACACCAUACAGACUAUUUAUACUUAGAUAUUUUUUAAUAAAUUUAUAGAUACUUGUAACAUACAGCAUUGUUUUUAUAUGGAAUUUUGUCCUGGGUAUCUUUAGACAAAGGAAGGGAAUGUAUGAUAAGGUUACUUUUUCUUUCCCAUGAAUAAAGAAAUCCGUAAAAGUGUAUUUCAAUAUUUUCACCCUUCAGGAGCACCUGAGAUCCCCCCCAGUUUUUGGUGUAGUUCCUGUUGCUCAGUCUUUAGUUUUCUAUGUUGUGUUUUGUAUACUAUUGUUUGUCUUUUGGUCUUUUUCUUUUUUUAGCCAUGGUGUUUGUCAGUUAAUUUACGACUUAUGAGUUUGAAUAUCCCUUUGGUAUCUUUCGCCCCUCUUUUUCAGCUAAUAUUCUUUAGAUGUUUCACUGGACAUUACGGUAAUAAUAUAUAAAGUUCUGUAGUACAUAUUUGUUUUAACCCUUUAGAUGUCUUGUAUUUUAGAAAAAACAGCAAACAACAGAAUUGAUUUUGAGAUUUUAUCAAUAUUCAGAUAAAAAAAACUGAAAUAAUGUCUUGUACAAAGAUGAUUAUAUGCAUGAAAUAUAUUUGAUUUAAAAAUUAGAGAUAUGGUUUGAUUGGCAAUAAGACAAAUAUCCACCAGAGACAACAUACUUCCUUCAACAAUUGGCAAAACUCAUACUGUCGAAAGCUAUAAAAUAUGGUUGCUUAUAUCAAAUUUAUCAAUAACUUAUCAAAAAUUGUAAUUUAUGGUCAAAUAUUUAAAAUUAUUCAUAUUUUGCAAUAUUAAAGUGACAUUGAAAAGGAUUAUCUGCACUAAAAAACUUAACUAUAAUAUCAUAUUCAAGGACCAGUUGGUAUCAUGCAAUCUGUCUUAUUGUCUGUCCUCAACUUUCAUUACAUAUUACUCAACUUCUGCAUUGAAAUUAAUUGUUAUUUGGUUUAAAACUGUAUUACCAGUCACUUACUGUUUGGACCAUACUUUGAAAUUUAAUUAUACCAACUGAGAAUGGAAUUUUUUGUCAAUGUCUAAUAAACGAGUGACAGUACCGGUGUAUUUAGCAAGAAAUCAUGUACAACUUCUUGUUAAAGUAUUUUAUGAAAGAACUGAAGAGAUUAAACAUUUUUGCAAUUCAGGUGGGGUCAAAUAAUUACAUUUAUCACAUCUACUCCUUUCGCUUGUUAAAUGAAACAUUUGUUUAUUAUAUGUUUGAUUCUUAUUGUAAAAUAUUUUGAUUAUUUUUAAAUUGUUUAUAUGUUUAAAACUUAUUUUACCUAGUAGAAGUAAAUAUUUGUAUGCAAAUCACAACAGUUUUAUUUGGAAGAAAUAGUUGUUAGAUUUAUAAAAAAAAACAUAUACGACAGCAAAUUGUAAAAUUUGAAUUAAAUGAAAUUUUUUUGGAGAAAAAAAAAAUACUGAUAAUAGCAGAUUAAUGUAACCUUGUUCAUUAGAUUUUAGUGCAAUGAUAAUUAUAUGUUUUGAAAUAACAUUUCAAAAAUUAAUAAAUAGCCUACCAUGUACUGAAAAAAUAAGGGAGAGAAUUAGAAUUGUCUCCCUUGGGUUAUUUGGUUAAAGAGAUGAAUGAAAAAAUAAAAAAAAAGUGCAAUAAAAUACUUGUUAUCAAAUGAUUUCUUGGAAAACUGUAAAUUCAAAAACAAAUGCAAAAUUAUGACAUGAGGAAUGUCUCAAUAAAUGAAAUUUGCCUCUAGUAGAACAUGUACAGGAAUUAAUUUACAUAUAACUAAUCUAUUAAUAGUUUUGGUUGUUUAUGAUUUUCAAUGAUAAAUGCAUGCAUGACAUAUUAAAUUUACAAUAUUUGUUUAUUUAUGUGUUAGUUUAUUAAUAAGUUAAUCUACACUAUUCUAUCUUGAUCAACCUCAGCCUAUAAAAUUGUGUGUACAGUCCUUAUGUCCU